AUGUUGAAGCGCACGGCCGACGUUGCUUUCGCAUUUGGCCCAGCGGCUGUCGAGCAGCAGCUGCCCUUCACCAUUCCCUACCCUUCCCCCCCUUCAGCACCGCCCUUCCACACCUUGCUGUCGCUGUCGGUGUCUCCCCCGGACCAGAAAUGCGGCCCACCACUUGUCGCGGGGGACGUUCAUCUCCAUUCGUACACUGCACCCCGCCCGCCAGCAGUGCCAUCACCGCCACGAGAGGAGAAGACUUCGUCGCCGGAAGUCGCCUCCUCAGCGCAGCCACCGCGCAAGCGCAAAGUGCACAUACGCACGACGACCGGCUGUCGCCAGUGCCGUACUCAGCGUGUAAAGUGCCCCGAGGGCCCCGUGGGCCCUGACGGAGUCAAGGUCGCGUGUCGCCGGUGUUGGGAGACGGACCGUCCUUGCUACUACCCGGCCAAAGGCUUCCCCCUGCGUGGCCGUGGGCGGGAGCAGGCAUGGGAGCGGGCAAAGGACGUCGACCAGUGGGGUGUUAGCGACGCGUCUACCGGUUCGGGGGCGAGCGGCAGUGGGUCCACCAGUGGAUCCGCAGCGGACGGCGAGUGCGAUGUCAAGAACGAAGACCCACUCGAUUUCCUCGACUGGGCCAACAUUUCGGCGGCCUCGGGGUCCACGGGUUCUAACACGGCAUCCAUCAUUCUUCCGCUCGACAACACCAACCAACUGGCUCUUGUUCCCCAGAACCUCCAGUGUUCUGUGUCUGUCUCGUCCGCCUCCGAAGCGUCCCCGCCGACCUUGUCGUCGUCGCUGGUGGACGCGCUCGCCAACCCGUGUAUCAACCGCCUCCUCAGCACAUUCACUCUGGCGUCCCUUUCCCAAACGGAAAUGGACCGCAAGGUCGUGUCCUACUUUGAGUUUGAGGGCUGCCACGAGAUCGUCUCGUCGAUGAAUUCCAAGCAAAACUGGAUCUUCGCGCAACUGUUCCCGCGCAUCUUCGCCACACUGUCCCUCCCUGCGUCUGGCAGUGGGUUUGCCACGACCGCCAUCCGUGAGUGGAUGCACAUGUGCCUCCUGCACCUGGCCUAUGUCCACCGCGGAAACAUCGAGUGCGACCCCGUCAAGGUGUACCAGUGGAAGGCAGAGGCGGCCAAGUGCCGCCAGAAGGCCAGCUGUGCCAUUCUCCGUGCGCGAGUGCGAUGCCCAGAGGGCCAAUGGAAGACGGAGGAGUAUCUCGCGGGGUUCUUCACACGCUGCAUGGCGGACAUGCUCGACGGCAAGGCGUUUACAAUCGACGCCAGCUGUGCGUUCGAGCUCCCACUGGCGUCUGCCUCGUCCUUCUACCCAAGCCUCCGCGACCUCAUCGCCAUGUACGCCACGGUGCAGCUGACGUGCACUCCACUUGAGGACGCAGCCUCCGUGUCCCCCACGCUCGAGCUUCCCUCCGAGGGCCCAGAGUGGGUCGAGCGUUUCGUCGGUUUCUCCCGACGCGUCAUCCUCCUCAUCGGCAAAGUCAACACCAUGGUCGUCAAACGCGCCGCCAUGAUUCGUGCCGGCACCCAAAACAGCCUGGCAGGACAGCUCCUCCGCUCAGAGGCUGAGCGCAUGGUGGGCGACCUCGGUGAAAACUGGGACUGGAACGAGACGGUGCAUGACCUCGGUAAAUCGGAGCGUAUCCAACGAGGCAACGAGGUCAUCCGGUCUGCCCUGUGUAUCAUGCUGCUCUCCGAGGUCCUCAAUGUCGACCUCUCUGACUCCCGCGUUACCUCGGCAACCGCGCGCGUCAUCGAGCUUGUCGCGGACGCCGAUCCCGCAGGGAUCUCAGGCUUCCAGUGGCCCCUGACGAUCGUGGCAUGCUACACGCGCGACGUGGACACCCGCCAGCGUCUCUUGGACAUUGCGCAGUAUGCGAUUGCGCUGUCGUUUGGGAAAAACUACCAAGGGCCCGGGGAGAUCCUGCGGCUAUGCUGGGAAGUCCUCGACAGCGAGGGACGGUACGAGCAUGGCAUUGCGCCAUGGCGCGAGGCCGCCAGUGCGCUGGGACGCAACUUGUUCUUGUAA